UCAUUUUUAUACUCGUUAUCGAACAUUGUCUUCGACUGAUUACGCUCGCACAUUGCAAUAAUUAAUCUAGCCGCCCAAAAAUAGUCAUUCUCUUGUCACGCACCAUCAUCUGUCAUACAGUGAGAUAUUUCACCUUUAUAGCAGAGAUUUAUAUUGUUCAGAAUUUCUUUCUUUUUAGAAAUUCAACAUCUAAUAAUCAAAUUUCACUUUUUAAAUAAUACUGUAUACGGACUAAAAAUUGGUAAUCGACAGUAAUUUUUAUUAAUUUAUUGGCUCUAAUAUGUAUAUCGUGUGAGUAAAUUAAGCAAUUACUAUUUUUUUCUAUUAUUUAUAUAAUUUAAUGCACCACGGUGAAUUGGGAAUUUUAUACUGAUUUUGGUAGCGACUUGCCUGUUUCCAUACUGUCCAUGUAUAACAAGCAGAGAAUAAAUUACCAUAGACGAUGUGCAGAAAAAAAACUUAUGUAAAGUGACAUCUUCGGACUUCAACAAUGGAUAACGAAAGAGAUUUUAUUGCAUUACUGUAUUUUAUAACAUUUAUUCUAUUUGUUUUUUGGUAUUAUCAACGAACAUACUGUGUUACAAAACCUGAAACAUCAAAUCAUUUAAAUGAAAUUGAAUUGGAUAAUGGUAGUCACUUAACUAGGAUCAACAGUGACCAACAACGUUACAGUGAAGUGCCAUUAAAUAUUUUAAACAGUUUGGAGUAUGAAAAUAUAUUAUAUAAUCCAUUGCAAGAACAACCACGUCAACAAUAUAUAACUGCACAAACUUCUAUAAAUAAUAUUUCCACCACACGAGCCACAAUUAUACCAUUUAGUUCUAGCUUAAAUUAUGUGGAGCUUAAUUCAUCUAAUGUAGGUUCUUUUUCAAGAUCUCCACUCGAUGACCCACCGCCUUCAUAUGAAGAGUGCGUUGUGAGUUAUCGUCCAUAACCUCAGACCUAAAUUAACUAGGAAAUUAGGAAGUCAUUGAUUUAUAUCCAUGUAUACCUAUGAUAUUUUAAGAAGUGAACAAGACUUUUAAACAAAAUCAUCGGAAUUUAAAAUUGUGUGCACUGAGCUUUUGUAAUUUGUAUUUCAUAUGAUCAUAUUAUACUUUACCUACGCUAUUUUAUAAUACCAAAUUAUGUAUGUUACUAACCGAUUACUGUUGUAUAAUUUUUUUCUAGAGAUUGACCAUCUAAUAUUGAAUAAUUAUAUUGUAUUGUACUGUAGUAAUGUCAAAAAUAAUAUCUACUUAUACCUAUGGUCAAAUAUAAGUAUAUAAUAUAUAUAUUUAUUUAUUAAAUCAUAAACAAUUUAAAAUUUCGAUAUUGAUUAUUAAGCAUAUAUUAUGUACCUAUGUAAAUUACAUACUAAAGAGUAAACCUUACUAUAUAUAUUAAAUAUAAAUAAAUUAUACCGAA